AUGAGACAAAAUGUCAAAAGAUUUGCAACCACAAGGCUAAUAAGAGAUUCUAGAGAAAGAAGAGUGGCCCCAGUAAAGGGUACAAGUAAUGGGAGCAGAUGUGGAUACGUGUUUGCUUACUGCAUGUUCAAAUUGGAGUGGAGCAUGGCUGCAACGAACCUGUCCACUUCUGUAACAUUCCGGCCACCGGAGUUCACCCUAAACUGCCAUAUUAAACCCGUCGUUUAUCUUCCUGCUAAAAGAAUACCCAUUUCUAUUUCUUACGCUACCAGCAGCGGCUCACCGGAAGCUGCCUCCUCAUCAACUACCACAAAACCUGAAAUUGAGCUUGAGUUCGUUGGGCCAAAGCCAGAUGAAAAUGGGAAUUUUCCAAUGGAUAAAGCAAAAGCAGUGAGUGGUGAAAAGCUCCUGAGGAACAUCAUGUCGGAGAAUAAGAUCGAGUUGUAUGCUGCUUAUGGAAAGGUGAUGAAUUGUGGAGGCGGUGGAAGCUGUGGUACUUGUAUUGUGGAGAUCUUAGAUGGAAAGGAUCUACUGAAUGAAAGAACAAAUACAGAACUCCGAUACCUAAAGAAGAAACCCGAGUCAUGGAGAUUGGCUUGCCAAACUAUAGUUGGAAAUAAGGAAAACUCUGGAAAGGUAGUAGUGCAGAGGUUGCCUCAAUGGAAGAAGUGACCGCAUAUGCAUAAUAUUGAACAGGUAAUUCAGCAAGAAAUAGAAGAAUAUAGAUGUGCUACUUUGAACAGAGUAUAAAUCACUUAAAACUAGAAUGCUUCAGUAGCUAGAGAAAUAUGUAUUUUAUUCAUUCACUAAGUGACAGCAAGUUUUUUCCUGCUCCGGCAUUUUGCACUAGAAAGGAUGUUUUCAAAUUAUAAUGGUUGAACUCAGCAACAGGCCGCUGCAAAACAUUCUUGGUUUACUUAGCUGUUUCCAUCUCUAGAAUGACACUGCUUUUCUCCUC